GGCGGGGGUGGCAUGUUCGGAGACGUCAAUAUAUCGGCCAUUUUGGACUCAUUUAGUAUAAGUUAUGAUAAAAGAGUAAGACCAAACUAUGGAGGACCACCCGUGGAAGUAGGGGUUACGAUGUACGUGCUCUCCAUCAGCUCUCUGUCUGAAGUGAAAAUGGACUUCACAUUGGAUUUUUACUUCAGACAAUUUUGGACAGAUCCACGAUUAGCUUACAAGAAAAGGCCCGGAGUAGAAACUUUAUCAGUGGGCUCUGAAUUUAUUAAGAAUAUUUGGGUACCUGACACGUUCUUUGUAAAUGAAAAACAAUCUUACUUUCACAUAGCAACGACUAGUAAUGAAUUUAUUCGUAUCCAUCACUCUGGUUCUAUUACGAGAAGUAUAAGGUUAACAAUCACAGCUUCAUGUCCAAUGAAUCUCCAGUACUUUCCAAUGGAUCGACAAUUAUGUCAUAUAGAAAUCGAGAGUUUCGGCUACACCAUGCGAGACAUCCGAUACAAAUGGAACGAGGGGCCCAACUCUGUGGGUGUUUCAAAUGAGGUGUCGCUGCCGCAAUUCAAGGUGCUCGGCCAUCGACAGCGAGCAAUGGAGAUAUCACUUACAACAGGAAAUUACUCAAGAUUAGCUUGUGAAAUACAAUUCGUACGAUCAAUGGGCUAUUAUCUUAUUCAAAUCUAUAUUCCAUCUGGUUUGAUAGUUAUCAUAUCUUGGGUAUCGUUUUGGUUGAAUCGUAAUGCGACUCCUGCGAGAGUAGCUUUAGGUGUGACCACCGUUUUGACAAUGACUACGCUUAUGUCCUCAACAAACGCCGCUCUGCCGAAAAUCUCUUACGUCAAGUCAAUCGAUGUAUAUCUGGGAACGUGUUUCGUCAUGGUCUUCGCAAGUUUAUUAGAAUACGCAACCGUGGGGUACAUGGCAAAAAGAAUACAAAUGAGAAAACAAAGAUUUGUUGCAAUACAAAAAAUUGCUUCAGAGAAAAAAUUACCAGUUGACUGUCCACCAGUAUCGGAUACCCAUACACUAUCUAAAAUUGGUACAAUGAGUAGAUGUCCUCCGGGACGGCCAUCGGAGGUUCGUUUUAAAGUUCAUGAUCCCAAAGUCCACUCGAAAGGCGGUACAUUGGAGAAUACAAUCAACGGAGGUAGAACUAACGAAGAGGACAAUCCAGGACCGCCGCCGCAUAUUCUUCACCCUGGCAAGGAUAUAAGCAAACUACUGGGAAUGACACCUUCAGACAUCGACAAAUACUCUCGCAUCGUGUUCCCAGUUUGUUUCGUUUGCUUUAAUCUUAUGUAUUGGAUCAUUUACCUGCACGUGUCAGACGUCGUGGCUGACGACUUGGUUCUUCUGGAAGAGGAUAAAUAGAGGGGGAAUAUUAUAUCCACUUAUUUUGCCAACUAUCUUAUUAAUAUAUUAAUCUGAAACUAUUUUUCCGAUUUAAGACUAAUAUUUUAGUCAAAUUAUUAAA